ACGCGCCAUUUUCUAACUCCGACGCGAGCGUUUGGAAACUAGAGUUCACUAAUCGGUGGUAGAAAGUUUUCGGCCGACCAAAAACGAGGCCAAAGAUAUUAAAAUGGGAGGAAGAUCAUUUCCCAAGACUGUGAAGCAAUCGAUCACAGCUAAAAUCCAGGCAAUCGUUAACAAAAAGACGCCAAUCGAGACGGAGGAUGAUCGUAAAGCAGAGCUGCUAAAACUGGAGGCGUGCAUCUGCAGCCGCCAGAACACCACCAUCCGCUGCAAACGCUGCGCGAACUUAUUCUUCGGUCGGAUCCUGCGCACUUGCCCGAGCCACCAAAAUGUCAUCUUCCUGCACGACAUGCAUACGUGCCCGGUUUGCGUGGGACCGAAAGGGGAUCUGGAGGAGCUACCGAUUGACUUUGAAACCUACAAGAAGCUGGUACAGUUAACUCCGUUGCGUCGUUGAUCGCGCACGAACCGAAUCCGCAAGACCGUACGAUGGAUUAUCGUACGAAAGUGAAGCCCACAUCGAGCAACGAAUCUCGAAGGGAAGAAACAAACUAUUUCUAGAUGAAUAAAGCUAACUUUUUAUUACUGUGA